CAUCAAUCGACCAGUGAAUUUGUUUUCAGCCAAAAAAAACGCUAGAAUCUAAAAAGAAAAAAAAUUAUGACAGAAGCAACGAAAAAAAAACAUGUUGCACGUGAAUUAAAUGAUUUUUAUCAUUUACCCGAUCCAGGUGAACAAAUUGUUCAAGUAUUACGUGGUUGUGGUAAUAAUCUACAUGAAGUUCGUCAAAUUGAUGGUGAACAAUAUCUAGUAUCUAUGCCAACAAAAUUUCGUCGUUCAGUUUGGAUUAAACGUGGUGAUUUCCUCAUUGUUACACCAAUCGAAGAAGGUAAUAAAGUUCGUGCAGAAAUUCAUUCAAUUCUUUUAAAAGAUCAUAUUCGUUAUCUAAAACAACAAAAUAAAUGGCCAAAAGAAUUUACCGAUGCAAAAGCCGAUAAUGAUGAAAUAAUGUUCGAAAAUGCUGAUGAUGAUAGUGAUCAUGAUAUUCAAAUGAAUUCAAAUCAUAAAAAUGAUCAAAAUAACCAUUCCGAUUCAGAAUCGGAUGAUUCGGAUACAACCGAUAAUGAUGAUGAUGAUAAUGAAUGAAAUUCAUUUAAUCAAAACAAAAGAUUUUAUUUAUUUUUUUAUAAGUUCCGAAUCCAAAAAUCAAUAUUCAAUCAAUCUUUUCUCUCUUCUUAACAUUG